CGAAAAGUCAAAACAAGUAGGCGCGCUAUCAUGUCUAGCCGACAGAAAACUACGAAAUUGGUUAAAAUAAGAAAUGCCUCAGAGUCUACAAAGUUCGGUGUAGGCGCCACAACCCUGAGCGAGCUCUUGAAAAAGUCUUGCCAGUUAAUGAAGAUUCCAACCUCUGGAUCACGUGUGUGUCUAUACGAGGACGGGGCUGAACUCACGGAGGACUAUUUUCGCUGUUUGCCAGUCAAUGCGGAACUAGUGCUGUUGACCAAAGGACAACACUGGAAUGGAUUAUUCAGUGACAUUCAGCGUCUGCUGGAUCUGGACAGAUUCUCUGCCCAGCUGAUUGAUGAGGCCAAGGAUUUCCUCUCAGACGAGACCUCAGCCAAACGCCGCAAAAUCCUUGGCGACUUGCUUCACAACUUGAGGGACCAAUCCGAGCUCGAGGACCGAGCAGAGGACGCGGACUGGUUCCAGGGUAUUGAUACCAGAUUUAAGACCAAAUCUGCUUACAUGAAGUUCAACUGUGAGAGCCGUAUUCGGGGAUAUGUGAAGGAGGUUGAUGGCUACAUGCGGACCCUCCCUGGUGCCAAACAGCAGGCCGAGUACAAGAGAGUCCUGGACAGCAUGACGGCUAAGCUCAAGGCGGCCCGCUAUAACGGCGGCUACUUCGACCGGACGGAGAAGGACGCGCGGCGCUUGUGCUCCAAGGAGGGCUGGUUCUCCUGCCAGGGCGCGUUUGAUGAAGAGGCCUGUGGUCAUCUGCACUCCAUCAAUCCCUACGGCACGCGCGAGAGCCGCAUCCUCUUCAGCACCUGGAACCUGGACCACAGGAUUGAGAAGAAGCGCACCAUCCUGCCCACCCUGGUGGAGGCGCUGCAGGGGCGUAGCGGCGGCGACAUCAACGCGGACUACUUCUACAAGCUGCUCUUCACACUCGACAACCUCAAACUGGUGCACAUCGUGUGUCACAAGAAGGGAGCCCAUGAGCUGUCCUGCGACAGGCGGCGCAUCUACAAACAAGCCAAGAGGGUGAGGAGAUGAGGAGAUGAGGAGGAGCAAAGAGGGUGAGGAGAUGAGGAGGAGCAAAGAGGGUGAGGAGAUGAGGAGGAGCAAAGAGGGUGAGGAGAUGAGGAGGAGCAAAGAGGGUGAGGAGAUGAGGAGGAGCAAAGAGGGUGAGGAGAUGAGGAGGAGAUGAGGAGGAGCAAAGAGGGUGAGGAGAUGAGGAGGAGAUGAGGAGGAGCUGGAUAUCUCUGACAGAAGGAGGGAAACUCCCAAAGGCAGCUUGAUUAUGCUUUGCAGCACUGUUUUUUUAUAAUGGAAAUUUUGAGAUAUCUUUGUAUGUGAUAAUUUAUUUUCUUACAUGAAUUUGUCCAGAAUUGUUUAAAUAAUAUGUAUUGAACAUUUCCAUGCCAAAACUAUUUGCUCAAAAUGUUUUAUCCAUUUUUAAUGUGAAAGUGUUUCUUUGCACUGUAGCCUGUAAGUGUUUGCAUUAUAUCUGUCUGGUUGUUUUAGACAAGGGAACAGUCUGUUCCUGCCCUAUUUGUCCACCCAUGGAUUUGUUAUCGUUUCGAUUCUCCUUCCAAGGAUGUUUUUCCAAGCAUUUGAGCCCUGAAGUUCGUUUAUUUACUUGAAAUAAAAUCCAAUUUCCUGCGACAGGCAUGUAUGUAGUCACAAUCUCCACCCACACAACUGUAUUGCACUGAUCGGAGUUUGCAUUUCACCGUUUAUCAUUAAUCAUUUAAUAUCAUUUAAUAAUCGUUUAUCAUUAAAAUACUUUAAACCAUAAACGAGGACAUUUUGCAUCAAUUUGGUUAGUCUGAGAUUAUGAGUGCCGCUACAGCUGAGUUCUUCAGCAGCACAGAUUCCACAUUUAAGCAACGCGGCAUAAGCGGACAUGAGGCUGGUAAAGGAUAUGGCCACGGCUGGAUUUGGCACGUCUCUAACGAGGAUAUUCCCACUUACGGAAUGCCUGUCAAUCAUUCGGCCGUGCAGAACUGCUCCAUAACAUCACACUGGCCCAACAGACACAGGCAAUGAACAUCAAAAGGAAAAAAUCCAGGUACAGGCACACAGGC